AAGCAUCAAGGCAAUAGAUUUAAUAGUUAGCAAAUCUGCAGAGUGUCUCAAUGGAUAAGCUUGUAUCAGGUUUUGUGACUAUUUUUCUUGUUUUGGUCAUUGAGGGAGUGAUUAGUGAUACGAUAUCAUCUUGUGGCCAAACCCCAUAUCCUGAAAUAUGUGAGUCUUAUUUUAUGAGUUAUUCUAAUAAACCCCUUGCCACCUUAGAUGAAACCCAAUUCAGUCUCCGUGACGCUGCCCUUGGUUCCACCUUGGACCAAGCCCAACGAGCCUAUGGGCUCAUUUCUGCCAUGGACGUGAGCUCAUUUGAUGAGAAGGCCAAGAUGGCAUGGGCUGAUUGUGUGGAGCUUUAUUCUGACACAGUUACCCAGCUUAACCGAGCAAUGGGGUCUAAGAAUCCAUUGAGCUGGUCCGAUGCUCAGACAUGGCUCAGUGCCGCAAUCACCAACCAGCAGACUUGCCAAAACGGCUUCGUUGAGUUAGGCAAAUCUUCUUACUUAUCUUCCUUUCCCUUCAUGUUGAGCAACUUCUCCAAGAUGGUCAGCAACUCGCUUGCCAUAAACAAGGAAGCAGAUUCAUCAGCAGCGUCUCUGUUGGGUAAGCAAGGUGGUAAUCGCCGGUUGCUUUCUGAUGGCUUUCCGACAUGGGUCUCUGCUGCAGACCGAAAGCUUCUUCAGUCACCCAGUGCAGCUUCACAAGCUGACGUUGUGGUGGCCGCAGAUGGGUCUGGUAACUACAAGACCAUCUCUGAGGCAGUGGCCGCUUCAUCCAAGAGAAGCGGGAAGAGAUUUGUUAUAUAUGUGAAAAAGGGUGUUUACAAAGAGAACGUUGAGAUUAAAGCUUCAAACAUCAUGUUGAUUGGAGACGGGAUCGAUGCUACAAUAGUGACAGACAGCAAAAACGCCCAAGAUGGUUCCACCACUUUCCGAACAGCUACAGUUGGGGUCACCGGCGAUGGGUUCAUGGCUCGGGACAUGACGUUCGAAAACACAGCUGGACCCCAGAAACACCAAGCAGUUGCCCUCCGAUCAGGCUCUGAUCUCUCGGUGUUCUACAGUUGUAGCUUCAAGGGUUACCAGGACACCUUAUACGUCUACUCUCAGCGCCAAUUCUACCGGGACUGCGACAUCUACGGCACGGUGGAUUUCAUCUUUGGAGAUGCCGUCGCUGUUCUCCAGAAUUGCAACAUUUAUGUUAGAAAGCCCAUGAGCGGUCAGAAGAAUACGGUGACUGCUCAGGGACGGACAGACCCCAAUGAGAACACAGGCAUCUCAAUCCACAAUUCACGGGUGACCGCCGCUUCGGACCUGAGAGCUGUGCAGGGUUCAUUCAAGACAUACCUCGGGCGGCCAUGGCAGAAGUACUCGAGGACUGUGUUCAUGAAGACAUCUCUUGACAGCCUCGUCGACCGGGCAGGGUGGCUCGAGUGGAGUGGCAAGUUUGCAUUGAGCAGUCUGUACUAUGGGGAGUACAUGAACACCGGUCCCGGUGCAAGCACAAGCGGGAGAGUAAACUGGGAAGGAUUUCACGUCAUGAGUGCUGAUGACGCCGGAAAGUUCACCGUCGGGAGCUUCUUGGGAGGAGGCUCUUGGAUUGCAGCUGCCGGAGUCCCCUUCACUCCAGGGCUGUAACUUGGAACAUUUCCUCUUCGGCUAAAAUUAGUUAAAGCCUUAAUUUUUCUGGAUUGCACUUGGGUCAUCUCUCAUGAUCAGAUCGACAUGAGAUUUACUGGUAAGAAAUUGUAGAUUUGUAGUAUAUCUUCGGAUCAAUUUCUUCUGUAUAAAGAAUAGAUUAUGGCUAUAGGCAUGCCUUAUUUGUAUUUGAUAUAAAAUGUAUCAAUUGCAUGCUUUCUGAAAUCAAUAAAAUUGGCAGCAGUUUUUCAUA